AAGCUGUAGGCGAACAGGAGGAAUCAAUGUGUCUGGUAGAAGGAAAGAAUCUGACCGUGGUCUUUCCUUACAACCAUGCGAAAUACAGCACCAGCCUGAAGGCCUGGCAGCGAGUGCGGAGCCAGGGCCCCCCAGAAACUCUCGUGAGCACAAAGACUACAAACUCAAACCUAACCCGGGCCCAGGCUGGAAGGUACCUGCUGGAGGAUUUUCCCACCGAAGCCAUAAUCAGGGUCACAGUGACAGAGCUCCAAAGGCGGGACUUGGGGCUGUACCAGUGUGUGAUCCUCCUCGCAUCUCAGGACCCCAUUGUCCUGAACUCUCGGAUUCGGCUGGUACAGUGCAAAGUUCCGAUCACUUCUCCAGAGGGGACCUCUGGCCCUGCUUCCACCAAUGGCUCUGAGUACAGGAAAUCAAGUUCCCCCCUCUGCUUUGGCUUGGCUGCCCCCAGACUCCUGGUCUCUGUGCUGUGUGGACUCCUGGUGGCCAAGGGUCUGAUGCUGUCAGUGCUGCAUGGGUCAUAAGUACACUGUGCGGACAACAAUGCCAGAGGGUUGUGAUUCUGCCAGCCCAGCCCAGGACCCAGGACCAUUUUCUUUUCCUUUUUUGUGGAAUGGGGAGGAUCUAAAAGAAAAAAGUUUCUUCACGUAUAUCUCAGCUCAUGCCACAUCAUCAUCGCCUAUGCAUGUGAGGCCCCAUUUCUUCAAUUUAUCCUCUUUAUCCUUGUUCCCUACCUCCACAUACCUCCCCCUUCGAUGCAACUCCUUUAAUGCAUUUGAUAUGUAGCCUUGACUCUGGAUGUAUGCUUGUAAAGCACUUAGUGUCUUUUUCUGUGGCUGGAUUUUUAACUUAAGUGAGAGAGAUUGUGAGGUGCCUUUUUCAUACACUUGUUUCAGUCUGUGCUGGGGGCACACCCAGCCCACUGCUUUGCACGGCUGCCGCUCACUCCACUGCCUGCCUCCCCACACAUCAUCAUCUGGAACCCAGGGUGCAUAGGCUGGUCUGCCCCGCCCUUCUCCAUAUCGCAGUCAACGCUGUGAUGGGCGUCCUCCAUCAUGUUCUCCUAUGGAAUCCUGUGAGAUCUCCUUCAGGAUUUAUACCCAGGUGGGGCAGCUGGGUUGUAGGAUCUCAGACAUCUUUCUGCCAGCUUGUGUCACCUGAACCACUAAUCUGAACCACUAGAGAUCGUGUGCUUCCUAUAUGAUGACACAGCACCACCUAUGGAAUGGUUUUGCCGAAAACCAAGUGGGAAGUGAGAAUAAAUGUAGCUGAGUGAUGGUACAUGGGGGUCAGAUGUAUGCUUAUCUCUACUUUUCUGCAUGCUUGGAAAUUGUUGUAAUAAAA